AUGUCAGAAUACAUACCUUUUGAAAUCCAAGUGGACAUCAUCAAAAGACUACCUGUGAAGUCAUUACUUCAAUUUAGAUCCGUCUCAAAACAAUGGAAGUCUUUGAUCGACAGCUCCGAGUUUAUUGCUGGCUACAGAUUCCGCCAGACUCAUCCACAACGACUGCUUGUAUGGUACAAAGAUCCAGUAGACUUGAAGCAAAAGUACGUAUCGUUUGUCGAUGAUGAUGCUUUCGCCCAACAAGAGCUUGCUCCGACUGUUCUUGUGCUCUCUGAACAUUUAUUUAGAUUGGAAGUGCUCGGGAGCUCUCAGGGAUUGUUGUGUUUGUCUGGUUUGUAUGAAGAUCAUAUGAUUGUUCUUUUGAAUCCUUCGAUUAGAAAAUCAGUCUUAAUACCUGUCCCAGGUUUUUCAGUUUAUUUUGAAUUUGUUGUUGGUUUUGGGGUUUGUCCUAUCACUAAUGACCCUACGAUUGUGAAGAUUAAAAAUGUUUGUACGGAAUUUGGAACGAAAUUUAGCUCUCCCGUGGUUGACGUUUUUAAAUUGAGCAGAGGUAGUUGGAGAAUUGCUUGUAGCAAUCUGCCUAAGAAAUCAAUUCAGAUGAUGAUUUUCAGAUGCAAAAAACAGCUGAUUAUUUCAUUUGAUAUGACUACCGAAGAAUUUAGAGCGAUAGACCUACCAGAUAGUUUAGCAUAUGCUAGGCUUUCCAUCUCUAAGCUACGGGAGUCUCUUGCUGUGCUUAAAUACUUUACACGCAAUGAGCCUGGAACACAAAGCGAAUUUGAAGUUUGUGAUGUAUGGAUUAUGGAUAAUGAUGUUCUGCAUUCUUUUACAAAGCUAUAUACCAUUAACCCAGGAUAUGAAUCAAUAAGGAUUUUGGGAUUUACAAAUAGUGGUGAACCUAUGAUGGUAGUAUUCGGGGAGGAUUACAAAGAACCAGCUUCACUUGUUGUCUAUGAACCUAACUCAAAACACAUCAGAGAUAUUGGGAUUCAUGCAGAAUAUGCUUCAUCACUUGUUAGCUCGUAUAUGGAAACACUACUGCUGCUUGAUCAAUCAGAUUGUAAUGUUUCAUCACUUGUUAGCCAGAUGAGAUUGCAAGAUGUGGCGCUAAUAAGAGAUUAG